AUGACAGACUACACAAAGCUUGCCCCAGCAUCCACAGAUUCCAGGGACAGUACACUGGUUAUCCGUGAGGUCAUCCCUGGCAUGGUCACGUUUAGCCUCCCCUUUGCUCGUUACAGCACGCUGCCUAUUGGCGGGCGGACCACUGCAGUCAACCUCGGCGACAAGGGUCUGUUUGUAUACGUUUCCCACCCACUUACCGACGCAACCAAAGAGGCACUCAAGGCACUUGGUGGAGAGGUCAAGUGGCUCGUGACGCCAGACGGCGAGCAUGGCAUGAACAUCAAGGCCUGGGCCGAUGCGUUCCCCAACGCACAGCCGAUCGGCGUCUCACGUUUCGCAAAGGAGAAGCCUGACGUCAAGUGGGCUGGGCUCUUUGGAGCGGGUGGAGAGACCAAGCAGUACGGCUUUGAGCCAGAGAUCACGCUCCACCAGUGUUCGGCGCACCGCAACGACGAGCUUAUGGCCAUCCACCACCCGAGCGGAACGCUCAUGGAGGGCGACAUGAUCUUCAACCUCCCCCCGACAGAACAGUAUAGCCGCAGUCACCUCCCCCUCUUGUUCCGGCUGUUGGGCAGCGGGAGCUGGAUGUCGCCUGGUGGAGCGAUACACGAUCGCAUGAUUGGUGGUGCUGUGUCUGACCACGAACUAGCGAAAAAGGAACUGGCUCCAGUCUUCGCAGCCAAGUGGGAUCGCAUGAUCCCCUGCCACGGCGAGGUUAUUGAGUCUGGUGGCCGCGCGGCGUGGGACAUGGUCUGGGGCAAGUACAAGACUUGA